CACUUAUCCGACCUCCGCUUGCAUUGCUCUCCGCCGACAUUCGAGACAAAGAUCAAACCCUAUCCAGUCCUUAUCCACCGCGAACUCAACGGAGGUAUUCCGAUUUUCACCCCGGCGAACAGCUAUUUUCUUCUCUUGUGUGUGUGGAUGGUGGCGAAGAUUUGUUGAUUCUGACAACCGUCAUAACCGAAGGCAAGUGAGAGCACUGAGCGGCCGCGAAGCAAAUGGCUUUGACUUCGAUAUUCAAGCCACCACCUUAUGUGCACCGUAACUGCAGUCUUAUAUCCCUCUGUUCUUUGCCGGUGGUCUCAUCAUUUGGUUUCCGGGGAAAGGCGUCGUUGCUUAAUGUUCGUGUGAGUGCACAAAGGACGGACUCUGAAGGUGGUAGAAUUGGGAGCCAGGAGCCUUUUGGCGCCGAAUUGCCGAGUAUUUUGGCGAGGAAGGAUACCGGUGGAAUUUCGGAGGAAGAAGAUGAGGUUCGUGAAGAAAGAAGCCAAAGUUUCAACAAAAGGGAAGAAGAGGAGUGGGCUGAUUGCGAGGACCAGAUUUUACAGGAUACAGUGCCUCUCGUUGGCUUCGUUAGAAUGAUUCUUCAUUCUGAUAAAUAUGCAAGUGGAGAUAGGCUAAUUGCAGAGGAUGAGAAGAUAAUUCUAGAUAGGUUGCUUCCAUAUCAUCCACAGUUUGAAAAGAAGAUUGGUUGUGGAAUCGAUUUUAUCACAGUUGGAUAUCAUCCAGAUUUUGAAGAUUCAAGAUGUUUGUUCAUAGUUCGAAAAGAUGGAGAAUUGGUAGACUUUUCAUAUUGGAAAUGCAUUAAGGGCCUGAUUCGGAAAAAUUAUCCACUAUAUGCUGACAGAUUCCUUCUCAGACAUUUCCGCAGACGGAGACGGUGAAUGAGGGUAAUAUUCUGAACUUUUUACCAUUCAUAUGCCAUUUUUAUGAACUUAAAUAAGAUAGCGGCCCUUCCCUAUGAACCAUUUACCUAGAACAUUAUAAAUACUCCCCAUAACAGGGUGUGUACAAGUACUCUAGGCGUUUAUAAUUUACCUAGGGUAAUAUUCUCUCUUCCGCAUUUAUCCUUUACUUCCCCGUGAACCAUUUACCUGCAGAAGCACUACCCUGUAUCUUCUACCCUUGCUGAUUAGAACUACAGCUCCCACACUUCCUCUGCUUGGGUGUCUGUAUUGUUAUGUGUUUUCAGACUUGAAAAUUUCUCCAUCAACUGGAACUGAAGGAAUAAAGAAUUGUUGCGUUGCUCAUUUUGCAAUCUAAUGUGCUUUCAAAUUGUAUUUUGUUCCACCCCUUUCAGAGUUAUGUGCUCAUUUCAUGCGUAAAUCUUCUUUCAUAUAUUGAGAUGCAACUUUUGUUUGUCUGCCUUUUAUGGGGAUGGGAUGGUGUUUGUAAGUUGUGGAUACCAAAUAAAGCUAACAAGUGUAG